AUGGCGGUCUAGUUCCGAAGUACAUCACCUAUUCUGCAUUGAUCAACAACUGGUCCAAGUUAGGAGAUAUGGAUGCAAUAGAACGGACACUAGAAAAGCUGGAUAAUGAAAAUAUUUCAACAAAUAUCAUUACAUAUACUUCCAUCAUAUGCGGUUACAUUAAGAGAGGCAUGUUUGAUGGAGCUGUCAGUAUCAUGAAGAUGAUGGAUCAGCUAAAAAUAUCACCAAACAUAUAUACUUAUGCUGCUCUAAUUGAUGGCUUCUUUAAAGGAGGUAGACAAGAGGUUGCUCUUGAUCUUUACAGUGAAAUGAAAAGUAGGGGUUUGGAAGAAAAUGAGUUUGUAGUUGAUGCUAUCAUGAACAACUUGAAAAGGGAAGGAAAGAUGGAGGAAGCUCAAGAGCUUAUUAAGGAUGUAAUAUCUAGAGGACUGUUGCUUGAUCGAGUGAAUUAUACAUCUUGGAUGGAUGGCUUGUUCAAGGUAGGGAAGGAGUCCGAUGCCUUAAAACUCGCUCAGGAAAUGAUGGAAAAAGAAGUUGGGUUGGAUGUUGUUGCAUAUAAUGUGUUGAUCAAAGGUCUUUUGAAGCUCGGCAAAGAUGAACUGGAAUCAGUGUUUGCUGAAAUGAGAGAUUUUGGUUUGACUCCAGACCAUGCUACAUACAAUACGAUGAUAAAAGCAUGUAUUGAGAAAAGGAACUUGGAUAAUGCUCUCAAACUUUGGGAUGACAUGGAGAUCUCAGGUUUAACUCCAAACCUGAUCACAUAUAACAUUCUCGUGAAGGGACUAUGUGAAACUGGCCUGAUAGAAAAAGCAUUCUAUGUGGUAAACAAGAUGUGCAACCAUGGUUUAUGCCCUACCUUCACUAUGUAUAGGGCUUUGCUAGAUGCAUCCUCAAAAGGCAGGAGGGCCGAUGCAGUUUGGCAAAUGCACGAGAAACUUCUAGAAAUGGGCCUUGCACUCAACCAGGCAGUGUGCAACUACCUCAUAAUUACAUUUUGCAGGCUUGGGAUGACCAAGAGAGCCACUUUGGUUUUGGAAGAUAUGAAGAAAAAGGAAAUCCCAUGUGAUAUAAUUACAUACAAUGCCUUGAUUCUUGGGUAUUGCAAGGGAAGCCAUCUGAAUAAAGCUUUCGCUUUAUACUCUCAAUUGUUGGUUGAAGGGGUUUCUCCAAAUAAUGCGACAUACAAUACUCUUAUGGGUGGUCUGGCAUCUAAUGGUUUGAUGAGAGAAGCUGAUGAAUUAUUUGGUGAAAUGAAAAGAAAUGGCUUACUUCCCGAUGCUAUGACAUACAACACUUUGAUCACUGGCCAUGGUAAAGUUGGAAACAGAAAGGAGUUCAUGAAACUCUACUGUGAGAUGAUAACUAAAGGCUUUGUUCCGAAAACCAGCACUUAUAAUGUGCUUAUUAAUGAUUUUUCUCAGGUGGGAAAAAUGGAACAGGCUAGAGAGCUGAUGAAAGAGAUGCAAGCGAGGGGUGUGUCACCUAACUCUGCAACCUAUGAUAUUCUAAUUUGUGGUUGGUGCGAGCUUUCUAAUAAGCUGGGGCUGGAUAAAGUGUUGAAAAGGUCAUACAAAGCAGAGGCAAAAAGACUACUAACUGAGAUGAAUGAGAAAGGAUUUGUACCAUGUGAAAGUACCCUCUCUCAUAUUGGUUUUACCUUUUCAAAACGUGGGAAACAAGUUGAUGCCGAAAGGUUUUUGAAAGAAUUUUACAAGUGGAGGAGUAUAGAUUGAGUGGACCAUAAGUAGUUGAGUAGAUUCACCAUAUACUGGGGCCAUCGACCUCUUCACUGGCUUGGACAAUCUAUAUAGCAGGAUAAACAUCAGCUUCCAUAGGACCGGAAACAAUUGAGAGUUAUGUUUUCCUUCCAUUCUUUUGUAUAGCUAGUGCCUCAACAAUGAUUGCUACUUUGAAAUGAAAACUAUAAGAGAUGUUGCUCGGCUGGGGCUCAAGUAGGAGCAUGAACACUGGGAAGAUUACCAUCCUGAAUAUGAUAAUAGCAAGCAGUCAUGUAGCCUUGUAUGAAUCAGUCUUCUUAGGUGAUUCGUCCUCUGUUCUGCUGAGAAGAUUAAACGAAGGAAUUCUUACUGUGGUGUGGGUCAAGAGAGGAAUUCUCCAUUUCUUUUGUUCAUCCUGAAUACACACAUUUUCCUCCUGCCUUGUUGCUCUCUCCAACUUAUGACCAAGUAUGCAAGCUGAUUGAACGACAUGAGCUGGAAGGCCAACUAUUUGAAUUUGAUGGCUUAAAUUUGCCUCUAAAACUGCAAGUACUUUCGGCCAGAGAUAGUGACUGUGACUGGAGAAUCACUCCGGACUUUUGUUUACCAUGAAUUAUUGAUUGGUUAUCUCGAAUGCUGCAAGCAAUGAGGUUUUGCAAGCUGCUUUAUCUGGGCAUGCCCUCCUCUGAAAGGGGAAGAUUGCUUGUUUUACUGUCAUCCUGAAAUUCAGAAAACACCACAUAAUCAGAAACUGCAGAAAUGGUAUCAGUCAAUGCUGCAUAAGGCAGUUGAAGAAAAGUAUAGUCAUAAGCACUUCAAAUCUUUGCGAUCACUAUUUUCUUCCUCCUCAAAGAGGUAUGACCAAGAUAACUGCUGCUCGUUUGCCAUACUUCGAAGGCGACUAUUGGUCUGCUUCUGCUGAAAAUUUGAUCAAGGAUAUAUUGAACAAAAAGAUGUGGAUGACUUGCAAAAGAAAGGACAAAAAAUUUCGUCAAGAAUUUUGACAGCCAUGAUACAUAAAAGCUCUUUUGAUGGUGCCAAAAAAGACAUUCUUUUCAUGUAAAAGGUAACUCAUUUUGUUCAUCUCAAACGUUAUAUAUAAGGUGCGUUUGGGAAGACUUUUGGGGAAAGUCCUUGAGAAAAUGUAAAGGCUUUUGAGCUAAAAGGGUUUUUGGAAAUGCAAAUUGUGUUUGGUAAA